CCUUCCUGGCGGGCGGCAUGGCUGAGCCGGCUAGUGAUUUCGUGACUUCCCCGGGCUGGUGUUCAGCCCCCGAGCCGACCCCCACGGUGGGGCUUCUGAGCGACACUGCGCCGCUGCGGGACAAUUGGAUGCUCUGGGCCAUGUGGCCGCCGCCGCCACCGCCUUCGUCGUCGCCUCCCGCGGGAGGGUCAGAGCCGUCCUCGGAGGCGCAGCUCCUCGUGGACACCCGCUUGCACGCCCAGAUUCUUCCCGGGGCGCAGCCCCACUUGGACACCCAGUCCCGCCUGGAUUCUCAGCCUCAAAUCAACGGGCAGCCUUCCUGGCAUUUCCAGGCUUCGACAUCAUGGUACUGGAGACAGUCUCCUGGUAGUGUCCCUUGGCAUCAGAAGUCCCACAACACUCCAGUUAAACAUUCUUAUCUUCCACGAAACUAUGAUGCAAAGUUCACUGACUUCAACAGCCCUCCCAGCAGAAAACAGAAGAAAAAGAAAAGAAAAGAACCAGUUUUUCACUAUUUUUGUGAUACCUGUGAUCGUGGUUUUAAAAAUCAAGAAAAGUAUGAGAAACACAUGUCUGAACAUACAAAAUGUCCUGAAGUAGAUUGCUCUUUUAGUGCACAUGAGAAGAUUGUCCAGUUCCAUUGGAGAAAUAUGCAUGCUCCUGGUAUGAAGAAGAUCAAGUUAGACACUCCAGAGGAGAUCGCAAGAUGGAGGGAAGAAAGAAGGAAAAACUACCCAACUCUGGCCAAUAUUGAAAGGAAGAAAAAGUUAAAGGAAGAAAAGGAAAAGAGAGGAGCUGUAUUGACGACGACACAGUAUGGCAAGAUGAAAGGGAUGUCCAGACAUUCACAGAUGGCAAGGAUCAGAAGUCCUGGCAGACAUCACAAAUGGAAAAAUGACCGUGCUGGACAGAGGGAGGACAUUGCAUCACGCAAUGGCUUGUGUGACUUGAAACCUGAAGGUCCCCCUGCAGCCAAUGCAGACCCUCUGGGUGUUUUGGUGAACACGGAUUCUGAGUCUGAUAAAGAGGAGAAACCACAAAGCACUGUCAUACCCAAGGAAGUGACGCCAGCCCUGUGCUCACUCAUGAGCAGCUACGGCAGCCUCUCAGGGUCAGAGAGCGAGCCGGAAGAAGUUCCCAUUAAGACUGAAACAGACGUUCUGGCAGAAGACCAGCUUCUUCAUAGCGAUACUCCUAAGAGACCAAGUCAAGAUGUUAAAGAGACUGCUAGAAAUUUCUCAGAAGCCAAGUAUGACAGCCAGAAGAAAAGUUUUAAAAAGACAAACCCUAAGAGGAAAAAAGAUUAUCACAACUAUCAUACGUUAUUUGAACCAAGAACACACCAUCCAUAUCUCCUGGAAAUGCUUUUAGCUCCAGACAUUCGCCAUGAGAGAAAUGUGAUUUUGCAGUGUGUUCGGUACAUCAUCAAAAAAGACUUUUUUGGACUUAACACUGACUCUGUGAAAACUGAAGAUGUUUAGGUGUGUGAUGUUUCAGCUCUCAUAACUGAAGUACGUAACAGUGCCAUUCUCAAGUUAAGGGGGAAGCUUUCUAAAACUGGAUUCGUAAUUAAAUUGUAAGUCUCAAGUGAUUCUGUGUUGGGUUUUCAAGUCUUUUCUUUGAAUUGAUGCAAAUAAAUAUACAACUGAUUUUU